CUCUGUGUGACAGGCAGGAAGCUCCGCCCCGGUGUCCAUGGUGACGGCUGAAGGCGGGAGAUUCGGUCGGUCGGGCGAUGUGGGAGUCGUACCGUGCGGUGGAGGCCGGGUUGGGCCGGGAGGAGAAUUUUCUGUCCCUCGGAGAUGUCCUCAUGUCUCAGGAGAAGCUGCCGUGCCGGCUGGAGAGCGGCCUGGCCCGCCUGGGCUUCCUGGACAAAGGGGGGGAGACGGAGCACAUCCCUCAGACGUUCAUCGGGCGCUUCCGUCGCAUCAUGGACUCCUCCCAGAACGCCUAUAACGAGGACACCUCCGGCCUGGUGGCCAGACUGGACGAGCUGGAACGGGCCUUGUUCCGGGCCGGGCAGAGGGGCCUCAAUACCUUCCAGAACUGGGAGCGGGGUCAGGCGGGUCAGAUCACGGCCUCCAGCCUGGUGCAGAGUUACAAGAAGAGGAAGUUCAACGAGACGGACGCCUAACG